GUGCUGCUGCUAUUCCAUUUAGCAGGAGUGCUCCCGCCACCAGUGACAUUUCUGCCAGAACUACUUCUUGUAACGAACCGACGUGAGAGAGAAGGAGUCACCCUGCCUACUCCUUUCUCUCUCACGCCUCUUUCCUAUUAAUCUCUGGAUGUACUCGAACCACUGGAUCAAAACGCCGCCACCUCUUCUCCUUUUUCUCCUAUGUUGUUUGGUCGUUGGGACUUGCCAAUUCUCUGAACCCAAAAUUAAGAUCUUGCCGAAAUGGAGGCUAAAGAAAGUGAAAGGAUCUAACCUGCAGAUGAAAUGUGUGGUCAACUCAGUUAAAAAACCGCCGAUAUUUAUGAAAUGGUUGUUUAUAAGUGUUGAUCGCAAUGACACGCUGGCAUGUAGCAGGGGAAAUAACUCUGUUUCCCUCAACAUCAAGAAGCUGAAAAUAUUGGAUGCCGGUGCCUAUAUAUGUGUUGUGAAACUAGCUAACGGCAAGAUAGUAAACAAAGAUGCUGUAGUUUUCAUUCUUGAUAAAGAAAUGCCUGGACCCUGUAGUGAGCAUCAGUUUCUGUGCCAGACAUCAAGAUUGUGUAUCGCUAAAAAGUUCCUUUGUAACCGAGUGAAUGAUUGUACAGAUAAAUCUGAUGAGAAGGACUGUGAAGCUUCACACCCUACAUAUGCUGUGACCAAACAUCCUGAUACUGAACUUGAUGGUCAAGCAUUCUUCAUGCAAACUGCUGUUUAUUCUGUGAUUGGAUGUGCUAUUGGUGUGAUACUCCUCAUCUCCGUACUCAUCAUCGCAGUUUUCCGAGUUCGAAUGAAGCGUGCCGCCGUGCGACGUGCCAUGGCACCAAACGACUCCGGCAUGCGAGGGAAUGCAGCAACUUCAGCGGCAGGAGGAUCUUCGGCUGCGUCCGGAUCAAAUUCGGUGCCGCCUGAAUACGACCCUUUCCUCUCUCCGAGCAGUCAGCAGCAGCAACAGCAGCAGCAGCCCUCGUCGUCGUCGUCGUCACAGUUCGGCAACAUCAUUGUGAAUGUUAACAACGGUGUACAGUACGUUCCUGGCAGUGACUUCCCCCAGUACAUUGAACCGCCGCCCCCUUACUCCACGGUGGUCGCAGGCCGGGAGUGUUCCCCGCCACCGCCGUACAGCACAAUCGACCCAUCUGCGCCCCCGCUGCCCCCCUUGCCACCGCCACCCCCACCGCCAUCAUCAUCUGCAGCAGCAGCAUCAUCGCCGAUCCUCAAUUUGUCCACGCCAACCCAACAAACCGAACCCCCAGAAAGAAUCACCCCUCUCUUACCGCCACCUCGGAGUAUGUCUGCUUUAACGCCACCAAUCUUGGCCGACCCCACGCAGACCGGAGAGUUACCACGCACACUCCCUGCACAGUUGUCUGCAGCUACCGCCGAUGGCCAUGCUCUUCCAGGACACAUUAUUGUAAAAGAUGGUAAAAUUAUUCUCACACCAAGGAACUCGUGACAAUGUGGUUUAACAUCAAAAUUAUAAUUAUAAUAGAAAUGAUAUUAUAACAAAAAAAAAACAACAAAAGAUGCUGAUAAGAAAAAUUAAAAAGGUUGUAAUUUGUAUUUCCACUAAUUGUGGUGAAAUUUACCUUGGAUAUUUUCUCUAGCAAAGUAAAACUUGUAUUAAAAAAAAGAAAAAGGAGAUUUUUUUUUAACGGUUGCAGUAAGCUACGAAAGAAAACAAAAAUUUGGUAUUGAUAUUGGAAA